AUGGCGGAAUCAUCUCCUGAUUCGUGUUUCAAAGGAGGCAAAUUUAGUGCUCCAGGUUUUAGAUUUCACCCGACUGAUGAAGAGCUUGUCAUGUAUUAUCUCAAGAGGAAGAUUUGUAGGAAGAGGCUUAGAGUUAACGUUAUUGGUGUCUUUGAUGUUUACAAAUUGGAUCCUGAGGAAUUGCCUGGUCAAUCAAUGUUGAAGACGGGAGAUAGACAGUGGUUCUAUUUCACUCCAAGGAGUAGGAAGUAUCCAAACGCAGCUAGGUCAAGCAGAGGCACUGAGACUGGGUAUUGGAAAGCAACGGGGAAGGAUCGAGUCAUUGAGUAUAAUUCAAGAUCUGUAGGACUCAAGAAGACUCUUGUUUUCUAUAGAGGCCGGGCACCUAAUGGUGAGCGGACUGAUUGGGUGAUGCACGAGUACACAAUGGAUGAAGACGAACUAGGGAGAUGUAAGUACCCCCAGGAUUACUAUGCUCUUUAUAAGCUGUUCAAGAAGAGUGGCGCUGGUCCUAAGAAUGGUGAACAGUAUGGUGCUCCUUUCCAAGAAGAGGAAUGGGUUGAUGAUGAUAAUGAAGAUGACAACACUGUUGCUGUACCAGAUCAACCUGUGGUUCGUUAUGAGGAUGAGAGGAGACUUUUCAAUCCUGUCAGUCUUCAGUUGGAGGAUAUCGAUGUGCUUCUCAAUGGUAUCCCAGAUGCACCUGGUGUUCCUCCAAGAUGUAUUCCUCCGGUGCACAGUGAAGAAGAGCUGCAGAGCACGUUGGUGAAUAAUUCUGGUAGAGAUUUCUUACCAAACAGCCAGCCAUACAACAGGCCCUCAAGUUUUGACUCUUUAGAGACCACUGAAGCUACGUCAGUACCUCUGGUGUUUGAGAAGGAGGAUUUCAUUGAAAUGGAUGAUCUUCUGAUACCUGAACUUGGAGCUUCUUCAACUGAGAAAGCCGCACAGGUCUCCAACCAUGGUGAAUUCGGAGACUUUAAUGAUUUUGACCAAUUGUUCCAUGAUGUUUCCAUGUCUUUGGAUAUGGAACUUAUUGAUCAGGGAACCUCUACAAAUCUGACUUCUGUGAGUAGUUUUGCUAACAACACAACGGACCAAAGACAGCAAUUCCUUUAUCAACAGCUCCAGAACCAGACUCCUGAGAACCAGUUGAACAACAUCAUGGAUCCUAGUACAACUCUCAAUCAAUUCACUGACGAUAUAUGGUUCCAAGAUGAUCAGACUGUUCUCUUUGAUGAACAACAAGCUUUUUCUGGAUCAGUUGCUCCACCCUCAUCAGGUGUGAUACCUGAUUCCACCAAUCCUACUAUGAGUGUGAAUGCCCAAGACCAGGAACGCCAAAAUGGUGGUGGAACAACAAGCCAGUUCUCAUCGGCUCUGUGGGCAUUAAUGGACUCAAUACCUUCAACGCCAGCCUCUGCGUGCGAGGGUCCUCUUAACCGAACCUUUGUACGUAUGUCUAGCUUCAGCCGUAUCAGGUUCAAGGCUAAUGGAACGCCAGUGACUAAUACCAUAGCAAAGAAGGGUAUCAGAAACAGAGGUUUUCUUCUCUUAUCAAUCGUGGGUGCCUUGUGUGCCAUAUUCUGGGUUUUCAUGGCCACCGUUCGAGUCUCAGGUAGAAGCGUCAUCUCUUGAAAGACUCAUGGUGGUUUUCUUGAACUCUUAAUUACACAGGCAAGCUAGAAGAAGAAAUCAUGGGAUUAUUAACCUAUUUUAAUAUAUGAAGCUUUGAAUUAUGUACAGAGUUUGAAAAGAGUAAAGAACCGAUAAUUCUUGAUAAAGGAGUUUCUUUUCUUCUCGAUUGUCGUUGCUUUUUUUCCUGCAUAUCUUCUUAUCUUCUGGGUUUCAAUAUUGACAAAGCCUCGCAAGAGAAGUUUACAGAAUCAACAGAGACCGUCUUGUUUUGGUUUUAUCAAAGGAUGCUCUGGAAGAGGUACUGUGAAUCGUGAAGCAAACUCUUGUAUUCAUCCUGUUGAAGUCUGCUGUGGUUUGAAGAGCUUCAGGCUGAGCUCUGGUGAUCUUUAUCUUGACGACGGUGAUUGUGAUCCCGAUUGGUGGAACUGUUACUGAGGAAAGAGAGUAGGAUACGAAGGAAUCUGCAAGCUUGAGAAACCAGAGAGCAGAUACCGACAAGACAACCAACCGAAGUUUCCUCUGUCCUACUCAUUGCAGCUCCCCAAGAGAAGGCUUAAAGCGUAUUUCCUCCCGUCUCCUACCUCUUUUUGUUAUUGAUCGCUGAGGCGGUUUGCCUUACAAUAGUCGCCGCCACUCUUGAAUGAAGUUUCUAGUUGCGGAGUCGGCUACAUUUAAAAAAUCUCAUGUGGAAAUUUUAUAGGAUCAGAUAAUGUUUUAAGUGAUUUAAGAAAAUGGAAGUAUAAUGUUUCUCUU